UUCAGGGCUGAGGCCAUGUGUUUGAGUGCUUCUUUGGAUCAGCAGUGCAGAUGCUAAUGAUGCUCAAUUUUUAGAUCCAUUUGAUGCGGCCAUUUGUUUCCUUUUGCAAGAGGGAGUAAAUCUGGCUUCUUCUCCUCUCCUCCCCUCUUUCUUCCCCAAUUCUUCCUCUAUUGAAUCUUGAUUUGUAACCGAACCCUAACCUCUCUCCAUAGCUCGGCAUUGCUUAAUCAUUUGCCUUCCUUAACCCGUUAUUCAUAUCAAUCCCUUCUCCAGCCAUUUCUGGCCUUAAUGUGCUUUGCCACCUUCAGAGAUUGAUCAAGGGCAAGUUCCCUUUCCAUCAUUCAAGAAGUGGCACUGCCUGUCCUUUAUGUGAAGAGCCAACAAGUUAGAGACAAGAUUUUGCUGUACUAGGAACAGUUUACACUUUGUUUGGAAGCUUUGGUUUGAGCUAAAAGGAGAAUCUAGUGAGGGUGUGGGAGCUGAGUAAGGGUGAGGAAAUAGGAGAAGGAAGGGCUCUAUAUCGGGUCCUUAAAGUCGCCAUUAUUGGUAUAAUAACUGCGCAAGCUUCAACAUCAUUUGCAUAGUGGUGAUUUGAGGCUCCUUUUUCCUGUCGAAUUGCUUAGUUUAAGCUUUUAUCCAAAUACUACCUGUCCUGCAGUUCGAGUUAGCUUUUGAAAGAAUUGUGUUUCCUUGGGAGACAUAAAUAGUUAUGGUUCUAUAGCUGCAUUGCUACACAGUAUAGAAGAUGGCUGAAGAUGAAAUACCCGAUGAUUACCUUUUCAAGAUUGUUAUGGUUGGUGAUUCAGCUGUUGGGAAAUCAAAUUUGCUUGCUAGAUUUGCUAGAGAUGAAUUUUAUUCUAACUCAAAAUCAACAAUAGGAGUAGAAUUUCAGACCCAGAAGAUGGAAAUAAGUGGGAAGGAAGUUAAGGCGCAGGUAUGGGAUACAGCAGGUCAGGAACGGUUUAGGGCCGUCACUUCUGCAUAUUACAGGGGUGCAGUUGGAGCUCUUCUCGUCUAUGACAUCAGUAGACGAUUGACUUUUGAGAGCAUUGGGCGAUGGCUUACUGAGCUUCAGAAUCACUCGGAUAUGAAUAUAGUUACAAUACUAGUUGGCAACAAAUCCGAUCUCCAAGAUGCCCGGGAAGUCACAACUGCUGAAGGCAAAGCCUUGGCCGAAGCUCAGAGUCUAUUUUUUAUAGAAACUUCAGCUCUCAAUUCAUCAAAUGUGACUGCAGCUUUUGAAACGAUUGUUAAGGAAAUCUACACUAUCUUGAGCCGGAAGGUGAUGCAAUCUCAAGAGCUCAAAAAUGGCAAUACUGAACGGUUAUCAAGUGGAAAGGCCGUUGUUUUGGAGGGCGAAGAAAAUAAAGAAGGUGCUGAAGCAGCAGCAGCAGGGGAAGAAGCGCAAGCUGGAUGCUGUUAAUCGUGAAGUUUAGGAAGAAUACUCUCCCUCCCCAUUGUCACCUCACCAUAUGUGUGUAAAACCUUCCAAGGUAUAAGAAUCUCCCGUGUUGUAAUCAA